CUUUCUGCUCUGACAGCCGGCUGCUGUGAGCCCACCCCCUUCAUGACGUCACCGAGAGGCCGGCUCCGGACCACAGCUAGCGCAAGAUGGCGGCCACCACGGGCUCGAGCGUCAAAGUUCCUCGUAAUUUUCGGCUAUUGGAAGAACUUGAGGAAGGCCAGAAAGGAGUUGGCGAUGGGACAGUUAGCUGGGGUCUGGUAGAUGAUGAAGACAUGACACUCACAAGAUGGACUGGGAUGAUCAUUGGACCACCUAGAACAAUUUAUGAAAACAGGAUAUACAGCCUUAAAGUAGAGUGUGGGCCUAAAUACCCAGAAGCACCGCCGUUUGUUAAAUUUGUAACGAAAAUUAAUAUGAAUGGAGUGAAUAAUUCUAAUGGAGUGGUUGAUCCCAGAGCCAUAUCCGUACUAUCAAAAUGGCAGAAUUCCUAUUGCAUCAAAGUUGUCCUCCAAGAAAUGCGGCGUCUAAUGAUGUCUAAAGAAAAUAUGAAACUUCCGCAGCCACCCGAAGGACAAUGUUACAGCAAUUAAAAAAAAAAAAAAAAAACAUAAACAAAAGAAAAAAAUGUUCAUGCCCAAUUUGAAAGGAAUUUAAGCUGUCUUCAUUUUCAACAGUAGUAAAUUUUCUAGAUACAUCUUGUAGACCUCAAACGUACUGGAAAAGGAAGUCCCCCGAGAUAAGCCAUUUAUCUUGAGACGCUGUAAAUUAUACUAAUAUUUUUUUUUUAUUAUUUUGUUUUACCAUCUCAAAACAAAAUAUAAGUUUGUGCUAUAACCAAUAAUCCUGUCUGCAUAGUUGAAGUUCCGGUGUCAAGAAAAAUCUAUUUAAAUUUAUUACUGUCUAAGAGGAGUGUGGCACAUUAUAUGACUGUGAAAUCAUGUAUCACACAAUCACAUUGCUGCAGUUUUAUUUUUUCCUCUUUGGUUUUAUUUACUUUGCUUUAGACCUUUUUAUGUUGAGCUGUUUGAGUCCCAACAAGGGUGUUGUUUCUUUUUCAAUAUUUUUCCUCUUUUUUUUUUUUUGUGUGUGUGUCCAGUCUACAGACUGGGUUUCAUGGACUACUAAUAGGAACGCGUGCUAAUUUGGGUCAUCCUUUCCCUUUUGUGUCGUCUCUAAUAAAUGCUGGAUGUGGCAGAUU